AUGUCGAAGCUUUUCAUUGGCGGUCUUUCCUGGAACACAGACGACAACAGUCUGCGCCAGCGCUUCGAGGAAUUCGGUGUUGUUGAGGAUGCUACCGUCGUCAAGGACCGUGAUACUGGCCGCAGCCGUGGUUUCGGUUUCGUCCGUUUCUCCAACGAUGAUGAGGCUACUGCCGCUAUGAACGCCAUGAACAACCAGGAGUUCGACGGUCGCCAGAUCCGUGUUGACAAGGCUACUGAGCGCGCUGCCGGUGGUGGUGGUCGCGGCGGCUUCGGCGGCGGUGGUUACCGUGGCGGUGGCCAGGGUGGCUACGGUGGCGGCCAAGGCGGCUACGGUGGUGGCCAGGGCGGCUACGGUGGCCAGCAGGGUGGUCAGGGUUACGGUGGCCAAGGUGGCUACGGUGGCCAGCAGGGCGGUUACUAG